UUUCUAUAAAUAAUAUAAAUCCAUUUAUAAAGCCUUAAAUAAAAGGAGUGAAAUGAAUUUUCAUUCCUAUUACUCAUUCCGGCUUUCCGACCACAUUCCAAACAUACCCUUAUUAUAUUAAUACCCUGAUUCCUACCAGAGUCUGGUCUCCUGAAAGUGUCCACAGCGACUGACAGCCUUGUCUUCCUCAGCAUCGAUGGACCAAAUUCAGCACAACUUCAUAGACGUAAAUGGCCUAAAGCUCCACGUAGCUGAGAUCGGAUCCGGUCCCACUACAGUGGUCUUCCUCCAUGGUUUUCCGGAGAUAUGGUACUCCUGGCGCCAUCAGAUGAUAGCUGUGGCGAAAGCUGGGUUUCGAGCGAUCGCACCUGAUCAUCGAGGAUACGGACUGUCCGAAUCACCACCCGAACCCGAAAAGGCCUCGUUCAGUGACCUGCUCGCCGAUCUUGUUGGGAUUCUUGAUUUCCUCGGUAUUGAUAAGGUUUUCCUCGUCGCAAAAGAUUUUGGAGGGCGGCCUGCUUACCUGCUCACUGUUUUCCACCCUGAGAGGGUCUUAGGAGUUGUAACAGUGGGAGCGUCAUUCCCCCCUGGCCCCUCAGUAUAUAUUAAAAACCUCCCUGAAGGCUUCUACAUUUUAAGAUGGCAGGAACCUGGACGAGCAGAAGCUGAUUUUGGUCGCUUUGAUGCUAAAACGAUUGUACGGAAUAUCUACAUCCUCUUCUCCAGACCUGAAAUACCAAUCGCUGCUGAAAACCAGGAGGUAAUGGAUAUGGUAGACCCAUCUACUCCUCUUCCCCCUUGGUUCACAGAGGAGGAUCUCACAGCCUAUGGAACUUUGUAUGAGAAGUCUGGAUUCCGAACUGCAUUGCAAGUUCCAUAUAGGUCUAUUAACGAGCAGUUCAACAAAACAAACCCAAAAGUUGAAGUUCCAAUGCUGCUAAUCAUGGGUGAAAAGGAUUUUAGCUUCAAAUUCCCAGGAAGGGAGGAGUACAUAAGAAGUGGAAAGGCAAAAGCAGAUGUCCCCAACUUGGAGAUCACAUUCUUGCCUGAAGGAUCCCAUUUUGCACAGGAGCAGUUCCCUGAGCAGGUGAAUCAGCUACUCCUGGCCUUCCUCACCAAACAUGUUUGAUCAACAUGGGUAUUGAAUAAAAUAGUUACUGUUAAGAAAAACAAAUAAAUAAAGAUGUCAGUGAAAGACUCUCUGGAGCAUGUGAUUUAUGUUUUGACUUCUUGAAUUUAAGGGUGAUCUUGAACCGAA